AGAUCACCUAAUAUUUUCGGAGAAAGUUGAAGCACCUCGAAACUCAAAAACCAAAUUUUGUUUUAUAUACUUCUCUGCAAUCCACACACACGUCAAUGGCAGCCAUGGAACAAGCAUCUCCUCCUCCUCCAGUACACAUAGCCAUAUUUCCAUGGUUUGCCAUGGGACACUACACCCCAUUUCUUCACUUCUCAAACAAACUUGCAAAGAGAGGCCACAGAAUCUCCUUCUUCGUCCCGAGAACAACAAUCUCAAAGCUUCAACACCUAAACCUUCACCCACACCUCAUCACCUUCAUCCCCAUCACUGUUCCUCAUGUCCAUGGCCUUCCCCGUGAUGCUGAAACCACUUCUGACGUUCCCUUCUCUCUUUUUCCUCUGAUCGCCACAGCCAUGGAUCAAACAGAGAACGACAUCGAGCUUCUCCUUCAAGAGCUAAACCCGCAGAUCGUGUUCUUCGAUUUCCAACACUGGCUACCCAACAUAACUCGAAAACUCGGCAUCAAAUCCAUGCAAUACUGGAUCGUCUAUCCGUUUUCAUUGGCCUACUUUGAUAAAGGACCAAGACAGAGACAGAGUCAAGGGAAUGAUUUAACGGAAUCUGAUCUCAUGAAACCUCCACCAGGGUUUCCCGAUUCAUCGGUGAAGCUUCACGCACACGAGCUUCGCUUCGUAGCUUCCACAAUGAAAUGGGAAUUCGGAAGCGGUGUUCCGAUAUAUGAUCGGUUCAGAAUUGGAAGAGAGUUAGCAGAUGCAAUUGGGUUCAAAGGUUGCAGAGAAAUUGAUGGUCGGUACACUGAUUUCUUCGAGAAUUUUUUAAAGUUAGGAUACAUAUUUUUGGGACAAAAUUAA